CGUUAUUUCGUUACUGUUCGGGAAUUUUAUUACUCUGGAAUUUCUUUAAUCGGGAAGUUUUUAAACUAUUCGGGAAUUUUUCAAUUCGAGAAUUUUAUAAACUGUUCGUUUAUCAUCCUCGAGGCUGUCGAACCGUUAUUUCGUCGAGACCCAAUAGGUUUCGGCUCUCGAUUUGUGUCACUUUGUAAAUUAUUCUCUUAUCCGCGUUUCGAUAGAAUUAUUUGAAAUUUGAUUAAAUUACUGCGAUGUCUGGAUUAUUAAAUGGACCUUUUUGCCAAUUUGCUGAGGCGACUUUGGAAAAUGUUUGUGAUCGUGUGCCGUUGGGAAAAGCUGGAUUUAAAGCCUUCAAAGCUGUGAAAAGUGGAGUAAUUAAUUAUAGAAAAUUUGCGGAGGAAGAAAAAAUUCGAAUUAAAUAUAAAAACAUUGAAGCUCAUAUUGAAGGAGCUUGUAAAGUUUUAAAACCUGUUAUGGAACUCAAAAAUAUUCUGAACCCUGAAAGCAAAUCUGCUGAUCGAGCAAAACCUGGAUUAAAUCCAUCAGCCUCUUUGAAUUAUUACACUCCACAAAAACCUAGCAAUGAAUGCCAUUGUGCUGAGGGAAUUCGUUCAAAAGAUUUUUCAAAAGAAACUCAAUUCGAACGACAAAUGCGAGAAAAGGAAAAUUCGAAAAGUCAAGGAUCUUUGAAAAGAGAAAAGAAGCUAAGCACAGAUUCGGAUUCCGAUUUAGAUUCGGAAUGCUAUUUAAAGUCAAAGAAUAAUGUUUCCUGGAAAAAAUGUGAUGCUUGCCAAGCAGUUUCAAAAUUUUUGAUUCGUACAACCUGCGAUCACGAAAUUUGUCAAAAAUGUGUAAAUAGUGGCAAAGAUUGUCAAACAUGCUUCGAUGCUGCUGAAAAAAUGAAGAAUGAACCAAAGAAAAAAUUGUAUCCUCAAUUAGUUUUCGACAUCGACUAAGAAGAAGAAAUUUUCAAAAUUUUAAAUGACUCAAUUGUUUUAAAAAAACUCAAAUAUGACUUUAUUAUUUUGACAAUGGCGACUGGAAAUAUAUAUUUGCAUUUUGUUUUUAAAACUGUUCUUCUCACGAAAAAGUGGUUUUUAAUUUUUCAAUAUUAGGGUGGAAUCGCAGAUUCCUUUGUACUUUUUACGUUAAUAAAUUUGUUUAUAUCCUCC